AUUUAUUCAGCGAGCACCGUGUAGAAAUAUGCUUUAUUAAAAGAAAGAUAUACCACGGGAGUGACUCCAGUAUUACACGACCUACGAGCAGCGUUCCUCCUCGACCGGUGACCGGCCACCAUGUUAUCCAGGUUGAAGACCGCCUGGUCCCUGAGGCCCUGUGUGUCAGCAUACAGAGGGGCUCACACCAAAGAGAAGGGCAAGCCCCUCAUGCUCAACCCUCGCACCAAUAAAGGCAUGGCCUUCACUCUACAAGAGCGACAGAUUUUAGGGAUACACGGUCUGUUGCCUCCCAAAGUGGAGACUCAGGACAUUCAGGCGAUGCGCUUUCAGAACAAUCUCAAGAACAUGACCGAUCCCCUGCAGAAGUACAUCUACUUGAUGGGCAUCCAGGAAAGGAAUGAGAGGCUUUUCUACAGGGUGUUGAUGGAAGACAUCGAAGAAUUGAUGCCAAUUGUCUACACUCCCACUGUAGGCCUGGCCUGCACACACUAUGGGCACAUCUUUAGAAGACCCAAAGGCUUGUUCAUCUCUAUUCUGGACAAAGGACACAUUCGGUCCAUCCUGGACAAUUGGCCAGAGACUAAUGUUGCAGCAGUAGUAGUAACUGAUGGAGAGCGUAUUUUAGGAUUAGGUGACCUGGGUGUGUACGGAAUGGGCAUCCCUGUCGGAAAGCUUUGCCUGUACACGGCCUGUGCUGGCAUCAGACCUGAGAGAUGUCUGCCUGUGGCCAUAGAUGUCGGCACAAACAAUCAGACUCUCCUCCAGGAUCCGCUGUACAUGGGCCUGUACCAGGAGCGAGAUAACUCUCAAGCUUACGAUGAUCUGAUUGAUGAGUUCAUGGAGGCUGUGGUGGAAAAAUACGGCCAGGACACACUGAUCCAAUUUGAGGACUUCGGGAACCACAACGCCUUCCGCUUCCUCCGGAAGUACAGGGAGAAGUACUGCACCUUCAACGAUGAUAUCCAAGGCACUGCGGCUGUCGCCCUUGCUGGUCUGUUAGCAGCUCAGAGAGCCCUUGGCAAACCCAUCACUGAACACCGGGUGCUUUUCCUGGGAGCUGGAGAAGCUGCCCUUGGUAUUGCCAAUCUGAUUGUCAUGGCCAUGAUGGAGAGAGGGAUGACCCAAGCUGAGGCCAGGAAUAAGAUCUGGCUGUACGAUAAAGAUGGCUUACUAGUGAAGGGCCGGCUGCAGGAACCAGACUCGAACCAGGAGGCGUUUGUUCAUGACAGUCCAGGGACUGUGCAGAGCUUCCUCGAUGCCGUCAACACCAUCAAACCCACAGCUAUCAUUGGUGUGUCAGGAGCUGGUCGUCUGUUCACCCAUGAUGUCAUCAAGGCCAUGGGAGCCAUGAACGACAGACCAAUUAUCUUUGCCCUGAGUAACCCGACCAAUAAAGCAGAGUGCACAGCAGAGGACGCCUACACACUCACUGAUGGUAGAUGUCUGUUUGCCAGCGGCAGUCCAUUUGGUCCAGUGACUCUGAAUGGCCGCAUCUACACCCCUGGACAGGGGAACAACGUUUACAUCUUCCCUGGAGUGGCCUUGGCUGUGAUCCUGAGCGGCGUGAGACACAUCAGUGACACAGUAUUCUUAGAGGCGGCCAAGACGCUUGCAGAGCAGCUGACGGAUAAAGAGCUGGAGGAAGGCAGACUCUAUCCUCCUCUCUCCAACAUCAGAGAGGUCUCCAUCCAGAUGGCUGUUAAGGUGGUGGAGUUUGUCUAUGCUAAAGGAAUGGCGUUUCGCUACCCUGAGCCUGUGGACAAGGACAGCUUCGUACGAGAAACUGUGUGGGACACCCACUACGACUCCUUCGUGCCAGAUACCUACGACUGGCCAGGUGUCAGCUUCAGCCCCAAGACUGAACAAAAGUAGACCAUACCCUCUCUGUGCUCUUUCUUUUCCGCUGACCUCCUCAUCACAGCUAAUUUGAGAUGAUCAUAAUUACCCUAGUGCAACCAUCUGCUCAUAAAAUAUCUGGCAGCAGUGAUUCCAUAUGCACUAAACAAGUCUUAUUAUACCAGUGAAAGGGUAGAGAGGAAAGUGGCAUUUUAAAGAGGAUAUUUAAAUGUGAAUGGACCCUUUCCCUUCACAUCCCAGUUCUGUAUUGCCUCUGAUGGCACCCGGACGGCCCCCUGGUGGCGGGAAAAAGGCAGUGUGGAAAUCUGAGAUAUAUUUGAAUGAUCUAUGGCCUAGGCCUAUUCAACUGGCGGCCCGAGGGCCGGAUACGGCCCGUUUGAGUUUAACUAUGGCCCGCAAGACUGCCUGCAAAUCAGUAUAGCUUGGUAAGAUAAAAUAAAACUAACGGACACGCCUCUUUUAUACAUUGAGACAUCUAACCCAGAGCCAUUGAGUUUCACUGUUGCCUCAACCAAACCUGUAUGGUUACAUCUUUAUGUUACGCACCCGUGUUGGUUGCCGUUGUUGCACCCCUACUGGUUUUCAAACCUACUAGUUUCCCUGCGCGUGCGUUGUGUUCUCUUAACCCUUGUGUCGCCUUCGGGUCAAUAUGACCCGAUUCAAUGUUUAACCCUCCUGUUACCUUCAUAUUUACUAACAUAUUUUACCCUUGAGGUCAAUAUGACCCCAGCUAUUAAAAUCUCCAGAAAAUUA